AUGGAGUUGAGAGUCGGGAACCGGUACCGGCUUGGCCGGAAGAUCGGGAGCGGCUCCUUCGGGGACAUUUACCUCGGUGAGGGGGCGCCGCUCUGGCAUGAACCGAGAGGGGGUUGGGGAAGGGGGGGGCGCGACGACGGCCUGAGGGAAGCGGCUGUCUUUGGAGAAGCGAGGUCGGGGGUCGCUUUGCCUCUGGCGCUCUGGUGGGGCCUUCAGGUCGCGGCCCCCACCCCACCCCAAGCGGACUCUGCUUUCCCGUGAGGUGACAGAGGAACGCCCAAGAAGCGCAUCAAGCCCCGUAGCGGGAAGUAAAAGCGUCGUGUCCCUCGCCUGCUCAACCACCGCAGUUACAGUCAUGGUUUACUCGGAAGGAAAACCUGGGUAUUGCAGGGAGACUGACUUCAGAGCAAGCGUGUUUACAGUUAGAGCCUUGGCUCGACACUGGGGGGAAAUGAGGACUGGGAGAGCCCCAGUAGUGCCCAGUUACUUCCUUUGUGACCUUGGGCAAAUCGCUCUUGUCUCCUUUCUCUCCUCUCUCUCUCCCCCCCCCCUUUCUUCCCCACUUCUUUUAUUUGGCUUCUAAGCUGGGGUGGGAAAAAAUUCCUGACUACAUGUUUCUGGGCCGAAGGGUUCUGACAGUGAAGUAUGAGGUUUGGAAAUGCACCAGCUGUCGGUGAAGAAAAAUUAAUAAUACUCAGAUGGAGUUGUUUACUGUGAGGCUUCCAGGAAGUAGCCUGGUUUGAAAGAGAUUUAGGUUUAGGUUAUUUUUUGCAGAGUAACUCUUCUCCUUUUGUCACUUGUCAUGUCUGCUAUAGCUUUUAGCUGAAUUGUCACAUGGGGAGAAAUUACAGGUUUUGCGCUGCUUUCUGGAACUAAGGCACACCUGGUUAUUUUCAGCUUAGUCCCCUAAUUUUGAUGGCAGUGUAACUGUGAACCUGAGCCAGAGGCCUGCUAACUUACAUCUUUGGUAAUAAAUCUUUAAUAGACCCUGAGGGAUGAUGUGGAUUUUCUCCUGCAUUUUGUAUGUUGUAAGCUAGUCUAGGUGUCGCCUUUCAAAUUCAUAGGCUUUAUGCAAAGGUAAGCCAGAAAAAAAAAUCUGAUAGAUGAAACUGACGCUGGCAAACAGUUAAUGGUUCAAUCCUGCAAAGGCAUAUGCCUAUGCAUUGCAGUAUGCAUUGAGUGGCUGUAAUGGGACUGCUGACUGUGCAUGCUGCUAUCUAUACAAGGGUGUAAGUCAAUCCAAGUCUGAGCUCCUGCGUUUAAAAAUACACUAAUUUAUGCAUGUCAGGAGCAGUGAGACCAGUUGUGAAGCCUUCUUAAUUCUUGUUAAUUGAGAGGGUCCCCACCCUCUUGAAAUCUGCUUCAGUGCAUGGCUGGCCUUUAGAAUAUGGAUGUGUUAAUAACAUUAAAUAACUUGUGUACUUCUUUGUUCUUCACUGUUGGGGGGGCAGAUGAGAACAGCUAGCACUUUAGUUUUGAAUCAUUGUACUCUAAAACUGGACAUCUGUUUUCAAAGAUUGUGGGAAUGCAGUUUUCUAGAAUCUUAGUGUCACCAUCCUUGGUGUUGGUUUUGGCCUACUGAUAAAGCUACUUGAGAACAGUUUUAAGGUAUUUCUCUACACUACAGGAUCAUUAGCUAUCUGAGAGUUAUGAAGUACAGCAGUUAUUUUGGAGCUAUAUAUAAGGGUGCGGCCCCAGAAGGAGAAAGGUCGUGCUGUGGCAGCUCCACCUAUGGGAGCAGUAGUUAAAGUCGUUGUGCAGGUUAGGAAACUUUGUAUAUAAUCAGAGGAGUUGUUUUAGUCCUGUUCUUAAUAACAUAGUCCAUCUGGCUGUCAAAUGUCAGGCAGAUGUUUCUAGUUUAUGUGAGGAGGAGCUACCUAUUUGAUUAUUUUCAUUUUGAGAAUUAUGUACAAGAGAGGCUGCAGGCAUCACCAUAUAAAGAUGGUGUGUCAAAUAGGUAUUAAGCACAUACAUAUUUUGGCCAUGUGUAUGCAAUUCGUUAGAAUAUCAGCAUCCAAAUAAUGAGUCUUUAAAUUGUCAUACUUUUGAAACAACAGAGAGUAGCUUAAAACAAAGCACUGAAGAUGGUUAAAUGUUUAACCAUUGUAAUCCUUGAAAGAAAGAGAAAAUCUGCCCAAAUGUCUAAUUCUGGGACUUUCCCCUAACACAGUGAAGUCUUUGAUGCCUAUAAGUGAACUGGUUUCCACGUCGCAAUAAAGCAUAUUUAAUGUUUAACCACAGUUUAUUGCAAAUUAGUAGUGGGUGCCUGCUGAUCAAAGCUUCCUGCUUUGUUCGUCCCUUGCUGUUGGCCAUACUGCUCUGGGAGCAAUAAGGCACAAGCUUUGACUUGUAUAUUCAGACCAGUUAUUGUGGUUUGCUUCUCUCCGAACAAAUUAUAAGAGGUAGCCAAGGUUUAUUCUUACCUUACUACUCAUGGUUUGUUUGGGGGAAACAAACUUUGAGCCCAGGUAUAGGCAGCACAACAGUCCAAGGCUUGUAGCUUCUUGUAGCAAGGAACAUGUGAAAAAUGAAGCAGGGACUCCUGAGCAGUGAACACGAGCACGUUGGUCAGUUGUGUUAAACCAUAGUUAAGCAUUGGUCUCUUGUAAGAAUAUUUCCCAUACUCCUUUAUGUAUUUAAAAGAUAGAUAGAUACCUUGCCCUCUCACCAAUGAUUUCCAAAGCAGCCCUUGUAGGUACAAUACAAUUAAGCUAUACUGAAGAAACAUUUGUGCUCACUUAGAGUAUCGGUAUGUUACAAAAUCUUCCCAACACAAGAUCCAUUGUUGCACCCAUGGAAUGAUGGGACUUGCUCUUAGCUGUUCUGCUGUCACUCAUGCCUUCCAAUCUUCUCAGUUUGUGGAGAGGUCCCUAACCCUCCAGAACAGAUUUUGGGUUGGGGGUCACCCAGGAGACUUCAGAGAAGAGAGGAAGGGGGAAUCGGUUGCACAGGCAGAGCACAACAGUUGGAUAUUGCCUAAUAGCUUUGGUGAAUAGUCAUCUUGCUCUGUAAAAACUUACAUAUUGUAUUGAAAAGUAGAUCCUAGGAAUCCUUGAGUUGAGUUCUUCUGGAACAGCUUUUUAAUGUAUGGAAGUAUAGCUCGCACUAUCAGUGUUACUCUGCUGCAUCAGCAAGACCAAUGCUGUUAUUUCUUUGUAUAUGUUGUAGAGGUCAGUUGGCCUUUGUUACUUGGUUUGAGGCUGUAAGUAGGUAUUCCAGAUAAUCCAGUGCAAAGUUCUGUCUCUAGAUAGGAGAUGUAGGGGUUUCUCAGCUUCUGCUAGUCAUAAAAUAAAUGUUAAUGUCUGAUAGGAAGAUCUUGAGGUUUUUGGUUUUUCAGUGGUGUGGAUUCCUUUUAUAACAGAAGUAGUUUUUGCCACUUCUUAGUCAGGAAGAUCCCAACUCCUCCUAUUGUAGCAGAAGCCGUGAGUCCCAUGGCAAAUUAGUAUUGUGCAUUAAUUUGAAAAUAUAGCUAACAACUUCAUUUGGUGAAAUAUAUCUUACAUAGACAUGAUACUUAUCCCAGAAUUUGACCUUUAGCCAGCUUCUGUUUUCUUAAGAAUUGUGAAAUGUUGCCCAGUCACUAGAAACUUUUUUUGGCAGAAAAUGUGCUUACCUAAGAGAAGCUUCCUUGCUCAGGAAUCUGUACCUAACUGUGCAUGGUUGCAGCUGAGCCCCUUCUUAAGUGAAUAAAGAACAAAUUGCUUAUGGCCUGUGGUUUUUGCUUAGUGGAGUUAAUAUUUUAUGUACUGUUCUAAAGAUAAUAUGCAGUAAAAUGGCUUGACCCUUUUAAGCAGCAUACUUCUUCCUAGUUCUCCCCUAUAUAAGUACAAUAUAGAAGGGUUAAUAUGGGACAUAUUAAAGAAGACUCCCUGAGUGAGAGAGUGCAUGCAUGCACAAUGUGUGUGCACACCAUGUCACAGUCUUGAUAUACAGUGGUACAUCUGGUUGCGAAUGGGAUCCAUUCCGGAGGCCCGUUUACAACAUGAAAAGAGUGCAACCUGAAGCGCCGUAUCUGUGCAGGUGCGCGGCACGAUUUGGCGCUUGUGUGCAUGUGCGAGUGGCGAAACCCAGAAGUAACCCUUUCCGGUACUUCCGGGUCGCCACGGGACGUAACCUGAAAGAAUGUAACAUGAAGCAAACGUAACGAGGUAUGAUUGUACCUAAAACCAAGUUGUAUAUUGUAACACUACUGUUGCAUUCAUUCUGGUUAAAAAAAGUUAAUCCCUUGUUACCUCGGAUAUUAACCUCUCUCUCUUAGCCAAAAUCAUUAUGUGUAUAAUGUAGUCUGUAUGUGAAACACUGGUGCUACAUGCAAGAGCCUUCCAAAUAAAAUCAUGUUUAGAAAGGGGAGACAGUGUUUUAAACCAGAAGGCUCAGCUAAAUCAAGAUGUGAACCUGGAGAAGUCAUUGUGCUGUGUGCAAUCCGUCGCUUGUCAUUGACAUUUCCUGUGUCUUGUAUGCAAGUGGGCCUGCCUAUUCACGCGCGUGGAAUGUCCUUAUCAGCUUAAAGGCAUGCCAUACUCGUAUGUUCUCUCUCCUCUUGCAUUUCGUCUGCUCCCAGACUUAGAUGAGACUGAAAGUAGACUAUUUUUUCUUUGUUAAUUACAUGCUUGUCUAUUUAUUUCAUAAAAUUUAUGUGUACCACUUAAUUGUUAACAAAAAACCUCAAAGUAGUUUACAAAGGGAAUAAAACAAUAACAUUAUCAGCUCUAUAAAAAACAGCUCUAUAAAACAUUUGAAAGAUAAAAUCAACUAUAAGCUAAAAACAUACAUCAACAUUUUUCAUGUAAGAAUGUGAUUGUUUAGUGUGGCAGUGCCUACACUUUGGAAUUCCCUGCCUAUUGAGAUCAAGCAGGUGCCUUCACUGUACUCUUUUUGGUACCUGCUAAAAAUGUUUUUGUUUAAACAAGCCUACCCUGAUGCUUAGAAAGUUGAGGUAAUUUCAGUCUGCUUUAGCAUUUUAACUUUUAUAUGUUUUUAAGUAUGGUUGUGAAAUUUCCUUGAUUUUACUAUUUUAUCUUUUGUAAACUGCUUUGAGGUUUUUUACAAUCAAGUGGUGUAUAAAUUUUAUGAAAUAAAUAAAUUCCCUUUGACUUGUGUAUAUUAAAUAGGACAUAAUCUGCAGGUGCUCAUGAUACUGUAGUACAGUACAUGCUGCAUUACAAAACGCAACUUAGUGGAUACUGAGAAAUUGAGUAAUAAGAAACCUAUUGAAAUCAUUGUUUAUAAAUUAAGGAAUUGCUUUUGCACACAACAGAUGAAUGUAGAAUCUUAACCAUCAUUUUAGAGCCCUUAUGUCCCAUUGAUUUUGAUGAAGAGCUAAUGUGUGAAUGGGCUUGUGGACAGGACUUCAUCUUCUUAUCUUUCCCCCCUGCAGCCAGCUGCGCACACCCUAGGUUUCUCUGGAGACUCCCCCAAACCUCCAAAGCAGUUUUUGAGGGUAUAUGGCAUGGGAACUGCAGGAGGGAGAAAAGAAAAGUCCAGUUGCACAAGAGGAAAUCUGUUCUGCUCACUUGCAGACACCCUUGGAUACAACCCACUGUGAAAUCACUAAGACUUAAAUGGGCUUAAGUUUGCCUAGAUUGUAUCCUGUUUACGCGUGGGUUAUGUUCCCGGGCACCGCAUGCAUCAGUGAAAUUGUGUAUAAUUAAAACCCAUUGAAAAAGCCUGCAAACACACCAUUCCACCUCUGCCCUGCCCGUGUUCCACCCUUUUAGAGAUAUUUCACUGAUGUCUUUAUGACAUUUCUGGGUCAUACACAUAUUGAACAUGUAAACAGGGCUGCCUGUAAUGUAUAGGUGACACUACCAAUGCAAGUUAUAUCAGUUCAAAAGCAUGAGGGGAAUGCACAUGCAGUGUUAGAAAUUAGCUAGGCACCAGGCGCAUUUUGCUCCUGAUGUGGGUACAAUUGCAACCACGUGGAGAUCUCUAGAUGCCAGGUUGGCGACUGACAUCUCCACCUUUUUCUCCAAGGCUUGCAUGGUUCACCCCCCUUCUUGGUUAUUCCGUACAACUAUCUUGUGAUGCCAGCAACUGUUACACACAUUGCCAGGGUGUAUAAGCAAUUUCUUUGGUUACUUCAUGUUUGAUAGUCUUGGAUUUUGAAGUUGUGUUUUCUUCUCUCCUUUAGGGACUGACAUUGCUGCUGGAGAAGAGGUUGCCAUCAAAUUGGAAUGUGUGAAAACCAAACAUCCUCAACUCCAUAUAGAAAGCAAAAUUUACAAAAUGAUGCAGGGUGGAGGUAAAAAUUAUCUGUGCUGAUAAGUCAUAUGGGUACUAAUGUUCUAGCUAUAAACUGAAGAAGGCAGAUAGCACUGCAUAUGUGCACAAGUGAUUUCAUGGUUACCUUCCUGCCAUGCAUUGGGGAGCUACAGCAGUAGAAUCCUAAAUGUGCUUUCUUAGAAAUAAGAGUAGCACUGAGUUCAUUGAGUCUUUAAUCCUAAGUAAGUAUGGGUGGGACUUCAGUUUUCAUUCUCAAUGUUCUAAUAAGGUAGGCUCUUGUUUACACAGGGGGUUGUGAGGCUGACAAACAAUUGCUUCACUAAGAGUUACCCUCUGAGCCCGUGGAUUACCAACACUACCUCAACCUGUCUGCUCAUUACUUAAAUGCAAAUCAAGUUGUUGUUUAUCUGUGACAUAUUUCUGAGUUGUAAUGUUAAAAGAAAGGAACUCUUGAACUGUAGAUCAUGAACAUGAGAGGUUUUCAAUCACACAAAUGAGAUAUAUAUAUUAUUGAAAUUAUGUUCUGACAGUAGUGUCAAUCCUGGUUUGACAAUCUUAAAACUGGGCAGAUCCUUUUACUUAAAGGCAUGGUCUUUGCAUGUGAUACCAUAUAGGCAAGAUACCAUUUCACUCUUGAACUUUGUGAGAAGCUUUCUUGUUUGGACCUAUACUUUUUCUCAGUAAUUGCAAACUGCUUUUUAUAGUUUCAGAGGCACAAAAAUUAUUACAUUUGUUUUGCUAUAACCUUGAGUGUGGAUCUGUUAACUGACAACAGUUAACUACAUGGGCAUAGUUCUUGCAAGUCUUGUAAUUUGCUACUCAUUUCGGAUGAGUAGCAUUGUCCAUUGCAGAGUACCUGAAUGUGCCUUCCCCAAGUUAGGCAAAUAUACUCUGGAGAUGGGGUUCAGCAGAUAUCAUUACAGUUCUGCAUUGUGUUACUCUAGAUGAUGCAUAAAUAAAUGUGCUCUUACUCAUACAAUCUUGCAAUGCUGGAGAGAGAAGCCAAAUGCAGACCUGGCACAGUUCCGCUCUGUGCUGGUAACCACUGAGCCAGCUGCUUGCAUGAUUCAGACUAUUUUAAAGUAGGGGUGGGAAAUCAAUGUUUCUGGACUACAUCUCUCAUUAUCCCCUGCCAAUCACCUUGCUAGCCAGAGCUGAUGCAACUUGGAGUCCAACAACACCUGGAGGGUCAGAGGUUACCCAUCUCUUGUUUAAAGUGUUCUUUAUUCUGAUCUUCUAGCUUUAAUUACCUAGAAUUACGACAUAGUAAUAUCAGUCAGAGUGGGGAAUGCAGGUAGUGGUGAAAGAAUUGAGCAACUCUCAGAACUUAUUUGGGGGGAAUCUUCUGAAGCUGUAACCAAGGGAACCUCAUAAUUUCUGAGCCCAGGUUAAACAGCACAGAUUUAAAAUGUCAUAUGCAAAUAUGCUAUAAAAUAUUUGUUGAAUUCUGAGUAUUCAUAGCUACUGUAGACUAAUUUGAUGUCUGAUAGUUAGGAUUCAUAGCACAACAAUGGUCUUUCCCUCCCUUUUGGCUUCUUAAUAGGGAGUACUUGUACUUAGAUAGAAGGAGAAGAUCACAUCCCAUUGGAAGCACAUCUAUACAAGGUGUCCCAGGACCUUCCUCCAGUUCCAGUCUCUUCCCCCCAUCUCCUCCCCCCCAAAUGCAUACAUUUUUCAGGAAGAAAAAUGUGCUGUAAUUUAGAUAAUAAUCUGUGGGUGUGUCAUACAUAUUUUGUGCAGAUACCUUCUGUUUUCACAAAAUACUAUAGUAAUUUCCCCCCUUUUUUCUAGUGGGCAUUCCCACAAUCAAAUGGUGCGGUGCUGAAGGUGACUACAAUGUAAUGGUGAUGGAGUUGUUGGGACCAAGCCUUGAAGAUCUCUUUAACUUCUGUUCAAGAAAAUUCAGCCUCAAGACAGUCCUUUUACUUGCUGACCAAAUGGUAUUAAAAUCUUUGCAUGUCUUGAUUAUUGGGUAGGAGGGCUUCCUUAAAUCCUCUCUGCAUUCUAUAAAUAAUUGUCUUAUAUGGAACAAAAUUUGGGACUCCUUUCUUUCAGAGGGCAGGUAGAAAGCCUACCACUUAAGCUAUUCUCUUCAUAUACCAGAAAAUAAAAUGCGUCCAGUACAAAUAAUGCUUUUAAAGUUAUUUUUGCCAGUGUGAAUCAGACCAAUUUAGCUGCAGUGGGAAACAUGCUUGUGCUUCUUUAAAAUACAUACUUUUUCCAAAAUGGAUUGUUCUCAGGCUGUGUAGUUAGUGGCUGUUGGGCUGGAUUCUAAAGCAUUCACCCGUUUCUAGUGUGUUAGGCUACAUUCCUUAUCUAUCUCUUGACAUGAGGGUUUGCAAUUAUUUUAAAAGCUAAUCUUUCCCUCAAGGGGUAACAACAGUCAACACAUCAAGUUUUACAGAUUCUUCAACUUUAUGUUAGGAUCAAGUUGCAGAAUCUGAGCCUAUAUGUAUUUAAAACUUUGCUGCCACAAAAAAUUGGCCAGUUUAUGCAUAAUAAAUAACUUCCUGAAAAUGUUAUAUAAAUCAACUUGUGAAUUGUUCUUCCAAAAUAAGUGUGAAGACAUUCUUGGUUUGUACUUCUGCACAGACAUAGAAGACAAUAAGAACUAAAUAUGUCCGCGAAUAAUAUCUUCUCUAAUGGCUAUUAGGAUGUCUGUAUGUGUGUCCAUUUUUAAACCUUUAGGUUCAGAAAGGUUGAAGUAAAACAGCAGGACCGUAAAUAUUCCAGUUAUGUGUACUGCUACCAUUUGAAGCAUCUGGAAACCAUGCUUUAUGCAAGCAAGUGGCACUGAAAUGAUAUAGCAAUGGUGCUAGAUGACGCCAGGGUCAGUAGUCAGACAGUUUGGGCACUGGCUGAGGCUCCCAGGGGCUUGGAAGAGAGCCCCUCACUGGACCAGCCGCAGCACCAUUCACCAUCUUCCCUGCUGGACCCACCAAUAUUUUUCAGCAGUACACAGUGUUUCUGCUUUUAAAUAGGAGCCAAGCUUACCUUUCACCCUCAGUGGUCACCUGCCAUUUUGAAGUUACUCAGAGUGUAUUGUCUUGCCUUACUGAUUUUGUAGGUCUAUAGGUAAGGAUUGGGCCAUGACCUGAUUGGAAGUAGAUAUAGUGAGGGCUCAUUGUUGGCACUAUGCCAAGGGCUCUCUGGCUUCAGCCUUGGAGGCAACUAUUGGUCUAAUGUAGUAGUACUGCUGUUACAGCAAAAUCUUUAGAGCCAAAACUCAAUCUUACCUAGUUGAAGAUCCUUGGAGGUUUUUAAGCAGAUGUUGGAUGGCCAUCUGUCAUGUAAGCUCUAGUUGAGAUUUCUGCAUUGCAGGGUGUUGGACUAGAUGUCCCUCAGGAUCCCUACACAGCUCUUUUUUGGGGGGUAGGGAUGUCACCCUGUCAGUGCCCAAAGUGAGAUCCAGUUAAGACAUUAAUUCUUGCUUCAUCAAAAGACCUAGGAGGAAAGCCACUUAGACUGCAAUCUUAUACACACGUACCUCGCAGUAAAUCCUAUUGAUCUUAAUUAGACUUACUUCCUAGUUGUCAUGUGUACAGUUGCACAGUUAGAAACAAGUUAAACUGGCUUGUGGUAUUUUAAAAAGGGGGUUAAGUAGAAUAAAUAAUGCAGGCAUAAUAAAGCAAGCAAAUAGCUUUUAAGCUUAAACGUUAUCAAAGUAGGAUUUUAGUAUUAAAGCCCAAUAUAAAGGAGCAGCUGGUUGUUUUUGAAAGGUUUUAUAUGCUGUAAUUCUGAAAUUAUGUCUUUCUGCAAUUAGAUUAGCCGAAUAGAAUACAUUCAUUCGAAGAACUUCAUCCACCGAGAUGUAAAGCCUGACAACUUCCUGAUGGGAUUAGGCAAGAAGGGCAAUCUUGUCUAUAUCAUAGAUUUUGGGCUGGCCAAGAAAUAUCGGGAUGCUCGAACGCACCAGCACAUUCCAUAUCGUGAAAAUAAAAAUUUAACAGGAACCGCCCGCUAUGCCUCUAUCAACACUCAUCUUGGAAUUGGUGAGCUGGUAGCAGAUUAUUUUGGUUAUUGUUGUAGGAAUGUUCAUGCAAUAAGACAUCUGGAUAAAAUAAAUUGUUCUGGCUACCAUUGAAAAAAGGGGGCUUUGAUCUGGGAGUGAACCCUGUUGAAUCCAGUAGGACUUAUUUCUGAAUAGAUGUUGUUAGGAUUGUGCUGUAUGUGCAUCAGUGAAACAAAUCAAAUGGUCAUGCUCUCUAAUGCAUGUGACAGCCUCAAACAAGAUGUUGGGAGUGUUUCAUCCAAUAAACUUCCAUUGGGAUAGCUUGGUAGAUUUUUUCUUGGGGUCAGACUACCAUAUAUGGGAUCGAGAAGAAAUUUCCCUUCAGGUCAAGCUUGUAAAAGUUAUCUCAGGAUUUGUUUUGUUUCUGUUUGCCUCCACUUGCAUGCAGACAUAAAACUUGCCUUGCUAGAAGCUGUUUCCAAUGGCACAACAACAAAGAACUUUACCAUAAAGAAGAUUAUAGUCCUGAGAGAUAUGGGUUGGAGAACACUGUGCCUUUCACUGCAGCCUGUGUCAAGAAAUUGUGGCUAAGCUUGCAACUUGGCUCAGUGGUGUGAAUCAUCGUUAGCAGCUUUCUGCAGUAUGUCUGUUCUUGGCACUGUGGCUUGAAUUUCCUUGGUUGAUUGCAGGGCUCCACAGAUGUCUUUGCACCCCUCCCCAGAGUUCUCCAUGAAUUUCAGGGGAUGCUUGGGGAGAGGUCUCCUCACACUAGCAUGGUAGGAGCAGCAUUCAGAGACUGUAAAAGGUUCAAGCAAAAUGAAAUAAGAUCCACCUUCUCUCCUCAGUUCAGAGGAUUUGGGGCAGGAAGGAGCCAGAAGCAACUAAAUCAUGGUUGCCUUUACACUCAAAGCUGUAAAACCCUGGUUGAUCGGCAAGUGUUGUGGGUGAAUGAUUCUGUAUUUCUGUUGUGGUAUGGACCUAUAUGGCCAUUUGAACAGUUUCCAGUAUGGGAUUCUUUAGGAAUAAUUGUUGGAUAAUUGCAAGAGUAAACCAUUUUUCAUACUGAUUUUAUUGGCAAGGUUUAAAUUAACUAUUUAACAAUGUUUUUCUUGCAGGUAAGAUCUUUGUUGUGUAAUUUUUGCUUUAAGCAUAUUUGAACCAUUUCACCAGAUGAUAGAACCUAAUGGCUCCACUCUUCUACUCCUUGUAGAACAAUCUCGCAGAGAUGACUUGGAGUCCUUGGGCUAUGUACUCAUGUAUUUUAACCUGGGCUCCCUCCCCUGGCAGGGAUUGAAGGCAGCUACAAAAAGACAGAAAUAUGAACGCAUCAGUGAAAAGAAAAUGUCCACACCCAUUGAGGUUUUGUGUAAAGGAUACCCUUGUAAGUUUAUUCUCUGAAAUAGAUGUCUUCAGUAUUGAUUUCAAAGCUAACUGUUCAGUGAAACUUACAUUAACUUGAUGUUACAUUUUCUGUUACCUCUCUAUCUUAGAAAUUAUUCUAGCUCUUAUUUGUAUGUACUAACGCUUUCUUGUUAUUUGGUUAAAAUUUCAUUUAAUGGUUAAAUGAAGGUAUGUUGUUUGGCUGCUUUGUAAACAACUUCAACACCCCCCCUUUUUUGUGCUCCCCUCUUUCCAAGGUGCUGCAUAUGUAUGGAUUUUUCUCUGUCUACACUGUUUGGUAUUCAAUGAGCAGCUUACCAUGAUGAACAAAUGACUUACAUGUUCAGUCAGCACAUGUUCAGUCACAGUGCAUAAGUUACCAGUCGUUGCUUUAAAAAGAAAUAUCUCUCUCUCUCUGUUUUGUUUGUUUUAUUGCAUUUAUGAAUUACAGUUAUAUUGUACUUUUCCUCCAAGGAACUCGGUGGCAUACAUGAUUGUGUCCUUUUUAUCCUCACAGCAACCUUGUGAGACAUCUUUGACUGAGAGACAGUGACUGGUCCAAAGUCACACAGCUUCAUAGCUUGAGUGGGGAUUUUAACCCUGAUCUGCCAGAUCCUAGUUCAGCAACCUGCUAACUUUUGUACCAUACUUAAUCUUUCUAUUGUUUAUACCACUGUGGACUAGAAUAGGGCUCUCUACACUCCUCUGCAGGUUGCCUCUGCCGUUGUAGCCUAGUAAUUUCCCUGACAGUCAUGAAGGAUUGUGCUGCAUGUGAAAAAAAGCAUAUCACUUCCUGAUUACAUAUGGGAAAAGCAGUUCACGGUUCUGUCACCUUGGUUACUAUGAGAAGCAUUGAGCCAAUACUUUGGAAAGCAGAUGAGCUGAUGAAUCUGUGCUGGAUAUUGUUGUUUGCACUGACUUUACAAUAACAUCAUCAGGAUUUCUCAUUUCUUUUUAGCUGAAUUUGCUACAUACCUGAAUUUUUGCCGCUCGUUGCGUUUUGAUGACAAACCGGAUUAUUCAUAUCUAAGGCAAUUAUUCAGAAACCUCUUCCACAGACAAGGCUUCUCCUAUGACUAUGUAUUUGACUGGAACAUGCUGAAAUUUGUAAGUAGUCAGUACUUGCUAACUUAAUUUUUUUUUUAAUUGUGGAAAACAGAGUGAGAGCUUGAUAUCUGACAUUAAGUGCUGGAGGUGAAAUAAUAUAUUUCACAGUGCUUGUUCAUGUUUGUAGCAAAUGGCAGUUUGGUGUGAACUGUUACAAGCAAUGAAACUGAAACCAACUUUAGCUUUAUAACAGGACUAGUGGUUAAAGUAUCAAACUGCAAAUCUGUGAGCACUCACCUGGGAGUAAGCUACAUUGAAACAGGGCGACUUGCUUUGUAGUAAACAGGCUUGGGAUGCCUCUGUAAAUCCUUGAAGACUGGGGAUCUAUAUAUAUGAGUGGCAGCUAGCAAUGUAUCCAAUUGUAAAUAAUCAAAGCUGAUGAUCUGAUGUUGUCUCAUUCCUUGCCUAGCUGUAAGAGGUUGUGCACAUUUACCAUAAUCACUCUGGGGGACCAAAUGGGUUCUCUGGGUGUUGUCUUCAGCUAUUUUAUAAUUUGUAAUGACCAGAAGGUAUGGAAGCUGUAAGAUAACUGUAGAAUGACAUUAAAAUUUAUGAUAUAACUGCAUUACUUUGGUGGUCAGCUUGCGGUCACUUACCUUGUAGCAAAAACUUGGAAGCUUUGGAAGGCUUCGUAAUUAGCAACCGUACUUCCAAAGAUAGAAGUCACAUACCCAAAGAGAAGACAUAAAUUUGUACUGCAUUUGCAGGCUUUCAGUACUCACAUUUUGUUUAGAUUUUUUGAUUAGCGAGAGAUCCUAUUUUAAAACAGAAAAAAAGCCUGACAUUUUGUAUUUACAGCAAGACAGACGAGAAAGAAUAAAUAUUGUAUGCUUGUGACAGUGGCUCUAGUUGGAUUUCCAAAGUGUUUUUUGUUUCUUCCAAAAGCAAAAACCUUGCUACCUUUUCUAGUUUUUAUUAACAAAACACUAUUUGGAUGUUGGGUCUGUAUAUCUAUGUGUAGGUGCAUUCAUUGUUAGAGAAAUCAAUAAGUUUGGUUGGGGAUUUAGGAUUAAAACAGGAUGGACUCUGACCUGGUUGAGAAGCAGCAUACAGAAAAAAUGGUAAAGCUCACCGCUUAGCUACUAGAACAAGCAUUUGCAAUGUUUUGCUUUCACAUGUAACCACAAGCUGCCUAGAACAGGGAAGUAUUGCUACGCAGGGUAAACAGUUUCUUUUAGAAAAAUUUGAAACAUGUUGAAACUUUUGCUUGUACCUUCCAUUUAAUUUUAAGGAAGUGAACCCUGUACUUCACGUGACUAUGCAUAAAAAUCUUUUGAAGUCUACGUAUCGGCAGAGGACUCUCUGACUCUCAUGGGGUCAGAGACCACUCUCUCAGGUACUUGAAUAAAGAGCUAAGGUGAAUCUCUCCAUGGUUUCUGAUUUACACACACAUAUAUGAUUAAAAUAAAAUUAACUAUGUUUUUUAAAUAUAAAGAACUCAGUGUGUAUGAGAUGUUGCACAGUAAUUGGCAUAUGCAUUUCAUACUCCUGAGAUUCAAUAUACCAUUCUUUGUGAGUUGCAUCCAUCUUUCGUCCUUCCCUAAUAGACUCUGUCUAUUGAAUAUCUGUAUCUCAGUGUUAGUCAUUCUUCUGCAAAUGUGAUACAAGUUGAUGUCACACCAUUCUGUUCCGUCUGGAGCAUGGUUACAUUACAGACCAAAAGGAAAAAAAAACUGCCUUUGGAUCAGUUCAGUACAUUUUAGGUUUGCCAAGGCAUUUUGAUCCCUGAAAAUCCACUCUGAGGCAGAAGCCUUGCUAGAAGGCCAUGUGGUGUGACUUGUACACCAGUUCUUGGAACCAAAGCUGGUCUAUAUUGAUCUGUUAUACUCAUGUGCAGUCACAUUUCUUCAUGAUAAUGAAGAAAUAUUUUGUACAUCAUUCACACCAUAGAUCAUAGGGGUAUCUUUUCAGUGAGAUAGUUCAUCAUCAGGUAAUUACUUUAUUCUGUUAAGAAUUCCCUAUUCUGCCUGCCUUUUUGCAGUUUCCAAAAGUGUGCCUAACCCCCUCUCAAAAGCCUGGGCAAAGAGCUGUGUCUUCACUUGUCGACCCAGCAGAUAAUAUUGGUGCAAUAUGUGUGUCAGCAGGGAGGAAGUCAUCCCAUAGGUGAGGAGCCACCACCAAGAAGGUCUUAUGCACCACAACCACCUAACCUUCACUUGGUGAUGGAAGCACAAAUGCGACCUCCGCUACAGAUGUUAAUGACCUGGUAGGCUGAUAGAGAAGGAAGUGUUCCUUCAGGUAUUUGGCCUCCAGGUCCCUUGGGGCUUUAAAUGUGGCAGCAAAGCACCCUAAACUGGCCUUCAGAAUAAUUUGUUAGCUGCUUAGGACCAGUGUUAUGAAGUCUCCCAUAAUCCAUUUUGUUUCUGAACCAUUGAUUUCCAGUCCAGUUUCACACUUUCUGUUUCAGCUGUUGCAUUUCCCUCUCUAAUUCUAUUGUAACAUUAGUAAAUAUUAUGCAGACAUCAGGAAAAGGCAAAACGUGUUAGGUGAUAACUUGCUGGUGUUCAUUCCACACUUGGUUUUGUUGUUUUAUUUAACAGUGACUUCAGAACUACAACACAUGGGUUUCAGGGAAAUUGUUGCUUUGCUUCACACUUUUUGCGAAUAAGAAUGCAACAUGGAUAGUGAUCUCUGUAGUACGGUGUUUGUUUGUUUGAUCAAGCAAAUUGUUAAGCAUUUUGUAUAUAUGGAGAUUGUGCAGUACAUCGAGGAUAGCAUUGGAUUCAGUGGAGCUAAAAUACUUUCUUCCAGCUGACAAAGCCAAGAAUAUAAGAAGUGUAAUUUUCUCACAGUAACCAACUUUAAGCACAACAGCACUCUCCCCAGCACCUGAUAUUCAGAUGCAUGCACUUCCAAUACUGGAGGUAUCUGCCAAGUAAACCAGCAUCUGCUAUUUCUCCUCUCUACUUUGGGUAGCUACCAGGCUGAAUAUUUGUGACUGAUUUCCAAGAAUCAUCAACAUAAAUCCCCUUAUUCUUUGCUGCUGUAGAAGAAGAAAGACGUCAGGACUGCCUUUCUUUAAAAAUAUUGUCCGAUGCUACCACUGUUCUUUUGUUUUUAGUGUAGUCAUAAAAGUGUUGUGCAGCAGCUUUGAACAAAUGUAUUUUCCAACUUUGAGCUAUUUUGGCCAAAUACUAUAGGUACCCAGGUGUUUUCUUUGUAUCUUGUUAGCAAUUGCAAGUUCCACAUCCUCUGGCAUCAUGGAUUUGUUCCAUGUCUGCUCUUAGUAGGUAAUAUUUUAUGAAAUUGUGGCAAAUAAGUAUUUUUUAUAUAUAAAAAACUAAAUCCUGUUAAAAAGUAAAAAAAUAUUGUGAUCACCAUUCAUUUCCCUUUUUAAAAAUAGGUACGGGGCUGAGAGAAUAACCUGCUACCUUCUGAGUCUGUGUCUGAUUUGGACCCAGGGUCUGCUUUUCCUUCUGACUGUCUUUCGGUGGUCCAGAUAAGCUCAGCAGUGUAGCGUUGACACUGCAACUACUCUCAGCACUGAAUACAGGUUUUUAACUAAUUGAUUCCAAAUGUUGGUAUAAUGCCAAAUUACAUGUUCUUGCAGGGUGCAAGCCGUGCAGUCGAAGAUGCUGAGCGUGAACGAAGAGAGAGAGAAGAAAGACUGAGACACACACGAAAUCCUGCAGUUCGUGGCUUACCUUCCACUGCCUCUGGCAGGCUGAGGGGGACACAAGAUGUAGCUCCACCAACCCCUCUUACCCCAACUUCACAUACAGGUAAGCCAAAGAAUGCCUUGAGGUGGGCUGCCUUCUAGUUAAUCACUUCCUCUUGCGCCACAGCUUACUCCAUUCAACACCUCAAGGCUUUUAGGGGGCCGGGGGGUAGGAAAUUCUUCUUAUUCUAGCCCAUUUUGGCAUGCUUAUCUUUGAAUCCUACCCUCAACAUUUAAGAACAGUAUUUUAUAACAUUAAUUUCUUGACUUACAAGCCUCUCCCUAGUUAGGCUUCAAAGGGGACUGAGUGCCUUGUGGGUUUAAUAGUUCUGACAUUAUGAAGGUGCUUAUAAAGUGAUGCCUCUGUCGGCUUCCCUUUAUUGCAAUAGUUUAUUUUGUCUAGUAAAUACAGGCACAAAAUUAAGUUUUACUUUUUAUUUUGGUCAGCAAACACAUCUCCUCGGCCAGUGUCUGGAAUGGAGAGAGAACGGAAAGUGAGUAUGCGAUUGCAUCGUGGGGCCCCUGUCAAUAUCUCCUCGUCUGAUUUAACAGGCCGACAAGAUACCUCACGCAUGUCAACCUCACAGGUACAAAACAGUUCUGAUUUUUUUUAUGGGGAAAAGACUAGGAGCUCAGUAAUGUCCUUUGACAAGAUCAGAGUAAAAAUACUCUUUGAGUAGGAUAGAUCGUCUCACAAUUAUGUUUAGACAUGCCAUUCUCUUAGUUGAUCUGAAUUAGCUGAAGAACCGCUACUUGUGAAGUACUUAGCUUUCUGACCUUGAAGUUUAAGUGUGAAGGAGGGUGUUGUAUAGGUUAUUAAAAUUGAGGGCUGGGUACCUCCCUUGUUUAAUGCAUUUUUGGAUAUUUGUGUAUUUGCAGGAUACAGACUUUUAACAGCCAUGGAAAUAUCAGUGACUUUACUAUACUAUGUGAAUCAUCAACUGACUUAAAUGUCAUGUUUUCUUCUAACCACUGCAGAUCUCAGAAGCCUUGUGCAAAUGAAUCAAAGCUAUUACUUGUUACAUUUCAUGCCGAAGAAGGAUCAAUAAGUGCUCUCCUUUUAUCCUUAGUACAGACUCAAUUUGUCCAAUAUUACACAUGGGCAAUGUAAAUUGUAGCCUUAGUCAUCAGUCCUUUGUUCUGUAGUGUCUAGUUGCAAAGUUGCACCCAUUUGGCAAUUUUGACAUGGCUUGAGCUGUAUUUUCAAAUAAAUUGCCAUUUAUGGAAAAUAGCUACCAGCAUCUGUCUGGUAUAAGUGACCAUCUGUAAUCAUAUCCAGUAUAAGAGGAGUGUGCUUAAAGCUACUGUAGCACUGAAAUUGUUAUGCCUGUGAAAUACGAGGUUGAAAGAGGAAUGAUCUGUCUUGCAUUCUUUGUAUUACUUUGUUAGGUGAUGGUACUAUUCAUACUACUUUGAUUUUCUUUUCUUGUAGAAUUUACUAAAGCUAGAAGUAAAAAAUGAUUUCCAAAUUAGCCCUGGGCAUGCAUCCUUGUUGAAAGUAUGGAGCUAAACUAGACUAGUUGUUGUGAAUGAGUCUGUACCUGACUGCAGUAAGCAACCUUCUUGACCAUGGGACAGCUAAUUGCAGAUUGUAACGUUUUGCCUACAGCAUCCAUUACUGGUUUAUUUUAAUAACCUGUGGCAUAUGUUCAGAAUAUUUCAGUUGAAUUACAGCACAGCUCACAUAACAGGCUGUAAGUGUAAAUUAAUGUUGUAUAAAAGGAAGAGUAUUUUUGGAAGAUAAAUGCAUAUCCUGCAUGGUUGUGCAGUGGAAUGACAAUUGACUCCUUUUUGUUAGUCAUUUUUUUGUUUGUUUUCAAACAGAGGGAAAAUAUUUGGUGCCUGAAGAGAGGAUAUUCACUAACAUUUGCAGCUUGAAACAUUCCAGUUUCUUAUUCCAUUGUAGAUUCCCUCACAAUAUGUGUGACACACAACCGAAAAAGGCUUGGAUUUCAUGCAAGUCCUACAGUACUUUACAAAAUGAAGCUUUGUAUCAUGAAAGCCACAGCAGGGGACUCUAGGCUUUCUCAUUCCAAAAUAGUAGCUAAAAAACUAGUUGUGAAUUUCUGAACAGUGAUAUUGUUCAGGUUUGAUUCUAAGAGAAGGGUGUAUGUGUGAGAACCAGAGAACACACUAAAAUUUUGGGAAGGCCGGAUCAGGAGAAGAGCCAUUUGAAGGCAUUGGCAAAUUGAUCUUUGACUUUGUGUCAGUUGAAGAAAUGCUAAAGGAGCAAAAGGUUCAAAAGCUGAACAGGACAUAAAUGUGGAUGUUGCAGUUGGUGUUUAGAGCACCAAGCAUCAAAACUCAAACAGUCACAAAUGUUAGACAAAGGCAGCAGAUGACACAGGAGCUUUUAGUAGCUUUAAAAAUAGAAAACUCUCAAACCAGUGGUGCCUAUUUGUUGGAAAGAUAAUUGAGGGUUAAAACUUUUUUCAUAAAAAGUAUAAAGGAGGAAAUGUGUUGAUUAUGGUUAGUUUGGAUUAACUGUUGCAGUAAGAAAAAAGAGAGAUUGAUUGUUUUACAUCAUGGCUAUAGUGAGUUCCAUUGACCACAUUGGGACUUGGUUUUUGAGUAAAGAUGCAUAGAAUUGUUCUUUGUUUACUUCACAAAAGUAAAUAAAACUUCUGGUUUUUUUGCUGUUGUUAUAUCAAAACCAUCAUAAACUUUUGUCUAUGACCAGUAGUUACUGCUAAAGGUAUGUAGUUUGACUCUAGUUCAGAACCAUCACAAUUCCUCAAAUGCUAAAUAGUAUCUGAUACAAAGAGCAAAAACCUUUUGGGAAGACAGUCUUUAAUGUAGAAUAAUAUGGAAUUUCAAGUUUCAACUCCAUAGGAGCACAAAUUUUGUCACCCAUCACUAGUGUUUGCAAUAAAGUGAAUAAAGUUUAUUAUACUAUAUACUGAGGCUUCAAAAUCUAAGAUCCAGUCCUUAAACAACACAAGUAAGAUUUUCUGGAAGCCCAGAGUCUGUACCUAAUAGGCAUUCUUUGUCAUACUGAUUAUAAAUACAUUCUUAAUGCCAUACUUUUGCUUGAUUUGAAUGCUAUCUCCAGUCUUAGGCAAAACAGAUGGCAGCUUUUUGAACAAGUCUCUGAAUCUCUUUUUCCUCUUGUUAAUAUCCAACAAAUGUCUACUCCAGGACAUGAAUAAGAGGUGUAUAAAGCAUAUUUCCCCCUUCAUUCAAUAUACACUGGCCAGAUUCACAGUGGAUAAGAUCUCCUUGAUCCCUACUCUAAGAUCCUGACAUUGCAUGCUGGGAUGGAGCUGGGGAAGAUGUUUCUCUCUAGGAUUUAAAUGAGUGUGUCCUGUGGGUGUAUUGCAGACUUGAUAAUUUUGAAGAAGAAAAAAUAAACCUUUUGGAGUUUUGAGACUAUCUCUUUUAUCUUCCAUCUGUAAAGCCAAGCUCCAGCAGACCUCGAAGGAAGAGGAAGAAAGUGCGUAUUUUAACAACUUAAAUGACCUGGAAUAAAGCACUUUUAGACUCUGAGGUGUAGUUGCUUGCUUUCCUUUACAUCAGGGCCAUUGAAAAGCAGAAUGAAUUGCAUCUAAUAUCUGCAAAUCUUGUUGGUUUUGAUCAUUGAACUUAGAAGGCAGUAAACGUCCAAUAAGUCUUGUCUAGAUCAGUGUGUCUCUUUCCUAGCUCUCUUGUUUGUGAUGAUGGUUUGCAUUGCACAUAUAAUUGGUCAUUUUCAUCUGAAAUGACUACCUUAUAAAAAAUGGGUGUGGAACUGUGAAGUUUGCCUUGGCUGUGUUAAGUGAGUAAAAAGUAGUUUAAAAUAUUUCUGUACCGCUCCAGCAGAGAUCCUAGGACCAAUUACAAAAAAUGUGUCAAUAGACCGACCCUCCACCCCCUUCAAAUUAUUCAUGAGUGUGUAAUCAUUCUAGCAGCUCAUGAAUUUAGUGCAGUUUGAUUACUUUUUUUUGUUUACUUGUUUAAAGUAAAAUAGUGUAUUUAAAAGCUUAACAACUGGUUCAGAAACAUACUUUAAACAUAUUCGCAGUAUUUCAGGAUGAGACGACUGCUCAUUCUGUUCUCAGGACCUCGUUCCAAAAACACCUGAUAGGUUAUGAGCCAAACAAGACUAAAACUUCAGUUGGUUCAUCUUGUAAAUAUAAAUAUCUUGGAAACCUGGCUCAUUAAAUGUUGAGAAUCCCGAAAGUGAAAAUCCAAGUAGAUAAAUUCCAAACUGAUGAAGGUAAAUUCCCUUCUACUAGCUGUAGCCCUCUCCAGCUGCUUUGCUGCCUUUGCCCUUCCUUGUACUUAACUGGACAACGGGGUGCUACUUCUCCAUAUAUGUAAGAAGUAGUUGUGGGUUAAACAGUGGAAUUCAAGCCAAAAAGGAUCCACUCCCAAUUUAUUGUAGUAGAUCAUGUUAACUUCCACUGACUAUAAAAACUUCGGAGGAUGAUUAGUCUGAUGGCACUGAUGUUCCGUGGUAUAUGAUCCUUGUCUGCUACAAAAUGAAGUAUCUUGGUAUAUGAGCCUUCUCGCAUGUACCUCAUUCUUCCUAGCAAAGGGCACGUAUUUCAUAAGAAAUUGUUUGAAUAAUCUGUAAUGUGCAACUAUUUUUUUCAAAAACUGAGCAAGGUGCUUCACAAAAUGGUGAUCAUAAUGCAGUGGAGCAUUACACUGCGUACUUGAUGCAAUUACAAAUGACCCUCUUUGCUAAGUCACAAAUGUAUGAAAUUUCUGUGACCUACUUUUUCUAUUCAGACUCUUGCAAAAGAGAAUGAAGAUUAAGAGUAUGGAAUCCAGCACUUCCUGAACGAAAAGAGAUUGGCCUAUCACAAUAGCUUUUAAAUACUGUUUCAAAAAUAUCCUUCUAGCCAAACUUAAGGCUUUUGAGUUUGGAAAUGAAAAUGUACGGAGUGUAGUGCAGUUGUUUCUUCAAUGAAAUUGGCUGUGCUUUUGAAAUUUUCCACUUUCCUGGGGUGAGUGAGAGUAGCCCCUGCUAAGUAGCAAAUGGUACCAGCCCACACUUCCUUUGCCACUGUAACAUCUAUCAGCAGAAAACUGGCUAUGCUUCUGGCUCUCCGCCAGUAAUUUUACAUCAGCUGUCUGUCUAUGCAUCCUUCCUGGUUACUGGCUUGAACUGCUUUCCCCAUGCUAUACUAUAGUGCUGUGCAUGGUAGCCUGUAGGGGCGGGGAGUUCAGCAUUGUGGUGUAGAGGUUUAGCAGCAACUAAACACAGGUUGGCUAGUCCCUUAACAGAACUACAGUAUACAAAUGUGUGUCGUCCUUUUCUGCAAAUCUCUGUGUGCUGACACACUGAAAGAUUAAAGGUCUUGCUGUCUUCUUUCCUUUGAAGAUUUCCACUUUAGUACUAAUUUCUUUGGCUAAAUGUCUUUGCUACCACUUUUAGAGAGUUUCCCUUGGUCAUGAAGACCCUGCUUUCCUAACAAAUCACAAUUAUUGCAGUAGGUAUGAUACAACCUACUUACUAUGCUUAUGUUGCCAUGAGAGCAGUCAGAUAUAUAUAUAUAUAUAUUGUAAUUUUUCAUAGUUACAAUCCAGGCACGAUAGCCUCUUCCACAGCUCCAAAGCAUCUCAAACAUGAUUAAAUUAUGUGAAUUCUUAUCUGGCACCCCAGUAAUAUUUCAUCUGUCAGCAUUAAAUCCCGGUAAUGAUAUCUUUAACUAUUUCCUUGGUGACCACUCUAGCAGGUACACCAGGGGAUGGGUUGUGUGUGGAGCCUGCGGGGAGCUGAGAAUUUGAAGUUGCUGCAGAGAAAGAAAGGCAGAAAGAAGAGCAAAUGAGACAAAAGGCAGAAGAUGGCGAAGAAAGAAGAGUUAAUAAUGAUCAGAGAAGUGAUUUAAGAGGGACAAUUUUCUUCUCAAAUGUUUGAAUUCUACUGUACAGUAUUAAAUAAAACUGCUAAACUUCUAGGUCCUCUACAUUGACCAGAUUCAUGCUUUGGCCUCUGCCAAAAAUUCCUUCCAGUUGGUAUGGUAGGUGGUUGUGGGCCAAGUGACACGAUUCCAUACUUAGUGGCCAUAUAAGAGAUCAAAUGGAGAGCCACUAAAGACUAAUGUUGUGGUUCAUGCUGGGUUGCUAAAGUUAGAGAGUCAUAAAGUAGGGUGGGCAAAAGCCUUCCCUAGAGGAUGAAUAGAAGGAAAGCCAGGCUGCAAUGCAGAAGUGCAAUCAGUUUUUCCACCUUCAAAAUCAUAGUGGUUGGGAGGAGAAUAUUGGAUACACAAUAUUCACAAAAUACAAAAGGUAUGUCUAAAUCUGAAAAUGGUUGGCAUUCUGUCAGACAUAUGGCAAGAAAACCCCACCUCAAUCAUAUGCAUACCUCCAGAUGACUGGUGGGGUCACUGAUGACCAAAAGUUCCUCAGUACACAUACCUCUCAAAUCUUUCCACAUGGAAAACUAGAUGUUUGGUGGAAGGGUUCUAGCCUUUUCCCUGACCUACUUCUACAUAUGAAGUGAAUCUCUUGUAUGAAGGAGUAUUUUGUUAAUGUAAGCCCCCAUUUGUGAUCUGAAGAGGUACAACCCACACACAAGUUUAUCACUUCAACAAAAAAUGGACUACAGUGGCUCUGCCUUUUGAGAAAAUACAAAAAGAGGACUGCUCCCUCUGGAUCACUCGAGAAUAGUCUUGACACAUACUUGGAUUCAUAGGUCUAUAUCUAAUGUGCAGGGGUGGGCCAUAUUCCCUUUUGUUGUUGAAUAACUGGCCACAUUCCCUUCUGAUUAAUCUGGAGGUGGGCAACAUGAUGGCAGUGGACAAGGCCAAAGCCAAAAGUGAACAGGCCACCCACUUUUCUCCCACAUUAGCAGGCUGGCUGGAGAAGGACAGAUCACUAUUGCCAAAGGUUUGAACUGAUAGCUUUAGAUGGCUUCCUCUCCUCCAUGGCUCUCCAUUUCAGCUUCUCUUCUCCUUGCCCCUUCUCGACAAUUUUCCCUCUUUGGCUAGUGGUCUGAACGAAUUGCUUACCAAGGGCUUCUCUACCCUCUCCAUUGCUUCAUCUCUUUUGGCUUCCCAACCACCAGUCUAUCUUUUCUCCCCUCCUGCAUGAAAUUAGAUUCUCACUCUUGGCCUAAAGUCUGUUUUAAUGAAUUGCUAGCCAGCAGUUUUGUGUGUAGUGAAGCUGCAGGGACAGUCCCCAUCAUACUCAUGAUAUGAUUCUAUAUUUGUGCAUGCAACUGUAUGCACACCACCAUAGACGGAACAGUUGCAACUGUAAAUCUGCAUGCCAUAGCAUAUCAUAGCACAUGUGGUGGUAGUGCACGUGGCCUAAUGGCCCCUUGCUCCUAAGGGAAUUUCAGCUGACAGUUCUGUGAAUUGAUCCAUAUCCUCAGUAUUGCUUUUUCUUAAUCAAUGAACUUUAUUUGCUCAUUAUGUACAUGUAGUGCUGCUGUAUAGGUAGUGGUGUUUGGAUGUCUUCCCUUAGCCAUUCCUUUUACUUCACAUUCUUCUGUAAAAGCGGGCCUUUAAUUAAAUGAUGUAACAUUUGAUUCAUCAGGUGUGUUCUAAUCUUUCUCUCUUAUCGUUUCAAACACAAGUUUUCCCAAACAUGUUCAGAGGUUCUGUUCUUUUGGGAAUUCUGGUUCUUCUUUUCCAUUAGCAUGGGAAAGAUGCAGGGGCUUGCACUGGUUAGAAAACAAAAUUGGUCAAAUUGGUCACGUUCUUGAUUAUCAUGUACACAGAUUUCCUUUUUGCUACCUGAAUGGUAUUGUGCCUUUUACAAACUCAUUUUGGAAGAAUGUGAUGGCUUUCAAGCUUGGCCAUCUUCUGAAGGAUGGGAAGUGCUGAUGUGCCUUCUAUGAAUAAACAGUUGACCCUCUCACUUCUAGAUGGCUUAGACUGCAACAAAAACCUUUGCUGCAGUUUUGCUGAAUUUAGCUUUACGUACUUGGAGAUGGGUAGAGGGCAUUUAAGGCUUAAACUGAAUGUUUCUUCUGAUGUUGCAGUGAUUGCCCCCAAAGUAAGAGGGCCUUUCUCUCCCCCUCCUUUCUUUUUUACAUAGAUAAGCUCCACCUCCAGCUGUUAAGUGUUGGUGUGUGUAUAAGCGUGAACAUGUGUUAAUUGCUCCGUGUGUAAAGGAAAGGGGGCAUUGAGAACCACUGGGGGGAAUAGACUUGAAUCAGGAAGCUGUGAUCCCUACUAACUCUACUUGACCAGAUUGAAUGGAAAACUUGGCAUUUAUUAGCUUUAGAAAUGUGUUGUACAUCAAACCUGUUUCCCUGAGAAUAUGAGAUUCUUUUGAAUUGCCAGUGUUACACACACAGAUGUGGUGAAUCUGUAAGGUUAGUAAGCCUGCAAGAUCUAAGUUGUGUGCUGUCAUGGAGAGAGUGUAAAAGGCUGGCUGCUUUAACUCUCAAAGUUGUGCCCAUAUGCUUGUUUGUGGAUCACAGCCAGAAGGCUUCAGAUUGAGUUGGUACACACUUUAGUGCUAAUGAGAUGAGGGUUCUCUUCCAUUGCAAAGAGUUUUGAAAUACUGUGCAGAGUAGUCGUUGUGACACAGGAAAAUGUUUUUUGAAUCAGUGGCCAGUGCUGGCGAUAAACAGUUAACAUGAUGGUGAUGCUUUUGAGCUGAGAGUUACUGGAACAAAAAGCACCUCCAAAAACUGUUGGUUGCCACCUGCUGCUGAAGCAGCCUUUCUUUAAACCACUAGUUGUUGAAAACACAUACCUUAAAGUCAGGAAGUUGUCAGCUUUGUAGGGGCUUUCAAAUCGCUGAAGAAUCAAUGUCUGCGAGGCCUCUGAAUCAAGAACCAUUCCAAAUUCAGAGCAGCUCCAGUUAGAAUCAUAGUUGGGAAUUAUAUAUUGGGCAGUGGAAUUGUUACAAAUGGCUGUCUUUUCCCCCCACCUCAGAAUAGCAUUCCUUUCGAACACCAUGGCAAGUAGCUGCUCGUCUCCUUCUCGUUGGAAAGCAGCACUGGGUGAGUCCAUUCUCACGAGACACCAGCUUGGCGGGUGGGUUUGGAUUCACUCCUGUGGGGACAUCAAAUUGGGUGGCUUUUCAUGUCUUUCAGCACUUUAUUUCCUUCUACCUUGCAGAUAACCUUAGUAGUAGGUAUACUUCAAAUUAAUUAAAACUAUUUCUCCCCCCCCCCCCUUGAAAAAUUGUAGUACUUCACUAGAAUUGCUCCAUAACUGUCGAUAGACCAGAUGGUAUAUUUGCAGGGUAACCUACAGUGUGGUACUGGAAUACUUAAGGUCCUUCAUGUGGCAUUUUUUUCUCGCUUGGAAAUCAUCUCCCAGUAAAGGACAGAGUACAUGCCUUGUUUAGCCUUCUGUUUUUCUGCUAAUUCACUAGCCUGGUGUAUAUGUCUGUAAACCAAGCAGUGACUUACCAGGACUACUCAAAUAUGCAGGCUUCUGCUUCUAAGCUAAGUUUUAGCUUAGUGCAUUAUCUAAACCUGGACUUGUGCUUAAGCCCUCUCCUUACUCUAACCAUGAACUUUGGCCAAGAAAAGCCCGUACAACUCAUGGUUAGCAAAGAAGAACUUGUCGACCAACCUGAGCUUGGGUGACAUGCUCAGCCAAACUUUGGCUUAGCAUUUUAUUCAUUUUUAUUUAUUAAAUUCAUUAGUCACUUUAUCUUGUCCAGGGCAACCCAAAGUGACGUACAACCAAACAGACAAUAAUUUAAAAAAUCUGAUGUAGGGGUACACAACCCCUACAUUUGGGAGGAGAUGAGCAGCUGCUAGCUGCUCUCUGGGAAUCCUCAAAUUUGCAUAGUCUCCAUAAGCUUACUGUCUUUGGCUUGCCAUGAUUUACGAACCAGGCCAUUGAAUCUUAACCAAUUUGGAAUUGUACCAAGUAUAGGAGAAAUGCCACAUCUGAAGGGGGCCUUAGUUCUGCUAAUCACAAGAUUAUUACAUGUUUGCUAGUAAAAGUUAGAAUUGAGUGUUGUGUCUUAUAUAAGACCUGCAUUCCUGAGCAAUUACAGUACCCUAUUGCAACAAAACAUGUGAGUCUUUUUUAAAUAGUUGAGAGCCUGCAAGAAGUGUUGUUGCAGAACUAGAACUUUAAAUAACAUGCCUUCCAACACUUUCAGCAAGUCCAUUUCCCUGAGGAGGAUAUAAAUGAAAGGUUUCUUAUCACUCACAGACUCCUUGUAUCUUAGCAGAAAUCGGAUCAAACAUUUUCACAGCUAUAAACCUUAAAAUAACUUAAAACUGGAUAGAGCAAUAAAACUCAAUCACACACCAGUAUCCAGUACUGUGAAAAGUUAGGCUAAUAUUGUCUUUUAAUUGCCUAAUUUAAGUAUGAUUAGAACAGAGCAUUAGUGCAUCCUUUUACUCUCGUCCCUUUCCCACAAGCAGCCAAAGAUUAAAAAAACAUUUUCAAACUGACAAUGAAGAUGAAACUGUGCCUCUAGACUCUUUACAGGAGACUUCUAAAUGAUUGCAUGGAUAGAAAAUGAAUGGAUGCCUGUGAGAGCAGCAGUUCUAAAGCUUAUCCAUUGAUUGAUCUUUUUGUCUUGACGAUAGGAGCUUCAGCAGAGCAAAAUGAAGUGUGUGCGUGUGUGUGCGUGUAGACAAUCUGUAGCUUGUUGCCAACCUGUAGGGGCUGUUCCUUUUGCUUUUCGGUCAGACUGAAUUCUUGUUGCUUAGAUCCUAUUAUUGGGCUCUCUCCCUCUCCCCGCCAUUGUUAUAACUCCACAUUACACUAAUCUCUCACUACCUUAUUUCUCUUCUCCCUGCUGCUUUUGUGUUCGUUUGAUUCCAUAGCCCUUUACUUUGUUAAUUACAUUAGCAAACUGAUUAUCCACAUGGGUCAGAUCAUCUGGAUAAUCCAGCUGUUCAUAAUUUCGACUGAGCGAGAGGAUUCUCUUCUGAACCACCUUGAAUGAAGAGUUCACACUGGGUCCUCCUAACGGGAUGCUUCUGCUUGUCUUGAGAGUGUGUUAAAACAAAGGCAGGACCACAGCAGAGAUUUAGAGUGCCUGUACUUUGUACUCUGUGGGAAUUUUUCAGCUAGCUUACCCCACUUCACAUGGUGGUGGUGGUGGCGGUGGCGGCAGGGAAUUGAAAUGGGUCAGGCAGCAAAGAUCAACAUUUUAGCAACUAAAGUGGGUAAAAAUUUCCUCUGAGUGAAGAACUGUAGAAUCCAGUCCACUAUCAAGGUCUUUGUCUGUAAUGAUUAACCUCUUGUUGCAUGUCAAAACAUCACCGCUGCUGCAGUUUGACUUAAUAACAGGUCCCUAUGAACUGUGCAUCAAAAGAAUAGUCCCAAUUCUUCCAAGGGUCAAAACUAUGUAAACAGGCUAUUUGUUGUCAGUCCAAACAUUACACAGAGCUGAGUAGCUUAAUUUUGGCUGCUGUAAUAUUGAAUUUAGGAUUGCUUCCACAAGGCUUGAAUGAAGUAUGGAUGGAUCCUUUGAAACUGUUCUUCUCACCAUCAGAUUUGUGCAAGCUGUUUUCCAAAUCCACUUAGGUUAGAGUUUUUAUUCCUUUGCCACUGAAAUUUUAUUUUGUGGUUGUAAAGGAAGGGACUUCCUUUUGCACUGUCCCCAUAACUUGCAGAGUGCUUAAUUGUUUGUUUGUUUGUUUGUUUGUUUGUUUUUUAAAAACAGUGGUUUCCCAUCCAACACACGUAUAUUUGAAGGGAAGAGACUGAGGCAAAUUUCAUUCCCAUUCUUGUGAAAGGAAACUUCAGUUUUCAUUUUGAACCAAAAAGCCAGAGGACUUUCAGAGAAUUUGUAGGUACCUCAAUGGCUGAUCAAAGUGUUGGGGCAAUUCUUUAGAAAUUGUUCCUUCUUUGUUCAGGUAUGCAGUGUGCUGAAGCCUCCACAAACUAAGACUGACAAUGACUAGACUGACAAUGACUUCUAGAUCCUAGAAUUCACUUAAUCCUUAUCACUUUCAGCAUUCUGGUUGUGAUUGACAAUCUACACUGCCAGGUUGGGCACAAAUUUCUGAUUGCAGAGUUCACAGGGGCCUUGCUUAAUACUGGCAUAUGCUAUGGAAAGGAUCUUGUAGAACAUAUUCAAUACAGUGUUGCUGCUAAAAAGAUGGGUUUCUUUUAUAUAACACUUGCAUUUAUCACCCUGUCUCUUGAUUUGGGUUUCAUUACUGAUUCAAGAGCUUACCCAAGUCAUCCGGUCUUUUUUGCCAGCAUGUGCUUCUUUCCUCGUUCUUCAUACUAUUUCUCCUUGUUCAUGAGGUGCCUUUGUUGCCUUAGCCUUUACGCAAAAGGAAAAUGCCAUUCACUUCAUGGGUGCCGCCUGUUGGGUGUAACGGCGAUUCUGUCAGGACGUAGAUUUGUGCACACUCAUUUCAUCCUUCUGAAGUGAAUGCAUCUGCUCAGUUGUAUUGGCCAAGAAGACUUUAAUGGAUCAGUUUUUAUGCCGUUUCAGUAGGUGUGGGCUGAUAUUGACACCCUGUUCCUUGGCUUCAAUAGAUUCCUGCUCUGGCGACGACCAGUAUUCUCCAGUCUGCUGUGCAUCGGUGAAAUGUUGCCAUUGA